AUGAUCGACCAGUUUAUUAAUUUUGUCAUUCGCCCACCCAGGGCAGAAUAUAACCCGGAUCUGUAUCUGUGGGAAAAAGAUUUUACUCUUGCAGGAAGAAAGUACAAAAGAGAAGAUUUGGAGCUUAGAAAUGAAAGGGGCCAUACCUUGAGGUGUAGUCAUUAUGUUCCUGCUCAAUUCCCAGAUGACUCUCCUCUUCCUUGUGUUGUAUACUGCCAUGGGAACAGUGGAUGUCGAGCUGAUGGAAACGAGGCUGCCGUGGUUCUUCUCCCUUCAAAUAUUACAGUAUUCACUCUUGAUUUUUCAGGUUCAGGUUUAUCUGAUGGUGAUUACGUCAGUCUUGGUUGGCACGAGAAAAAUGAUCUCAAGGUUGUGGUGUCAUAUUUGAGAAGCAAUGAAAAAAUUUCCCGUGUAGGUCUUUGGGGGAGGUCAAUGGGUGCUGUAACCAGCCUUCUUUAUGGAGCUGAAGAUCCUUCCAUAGCUGGAAUGGUGUUGGACAGCGCCUUCUCUAAUUUGUUUGAUCUCAUGAUGGAACUUGCAGAUGUAUACAAGAUCCGGCUUCCAAAGUUUACGGUUAAGGUGGCUGUUCAUUACAUGCGACGAGCAAUCCGCAAGAAGGCAAAAUUUGAUAUCAAUCGCCUUGACUGCAUACAGGUUGCGCCAAAGACAUUUAUUCCAGCUUUAUUUGGACAUGCUAAAGAUGACAAGUUUAUUAAUCUUUGCCACUCCGAAGCCAUCUUUAAGUCAUAUGCGGGUGAUAAGAAUAUUAUCAAGUUUGAUGGCGAUCACAAUUCUUCUCGACCUCAAUUUUAUUAUGAUUCUGUAUCAAUUUUCUUCUACAAUGUCCUUCACCCUCCUCGACCUCCAUCUACAUUUCCUGCUAAGGUUGAGAAAUAUUAUGAUUUGGGAGACCUGAAGGGCAGUGCUAGCAGGAACGAGAAUCUUUUAUACGAGAUUAUAGCCGGUCUUCAGAAUGUCAGUACCAACGCAGCAAGCUCAUCUUCUUUACCACCAAGCAUUGCAACGAUGAAGUCCGUGGGGGAACUCCUUUCUGACAUUGCACCAGUUGCUACUGAUUCCUUGGUUACCGAAGGUCAUAUACGCUGUGACAAUAGCCCGUCACUUGCACAGGACAAGCUAAGUACCAAAAAUGAAGAGUGCUACUCAUAUACAAGUUCAAACAGAGAGAGUUGGGGAAGAUGCUCAUCUCUGGGCAGUGAUGACGAACCUUCUUCCAUGGAUUGCAUUAGAGCUACUGACUAUGAUCAGACAACUAUAAAGGUGCUUGCCACACCUCUUCGAAAUACUCAACAAAGCACAUUAAGCUCACCCAAGGAUGAAAAGAAGAAGAAAGCAUCCACAGAAACAAAGAAGUCCAAGCACGAGAAGUUUGAAAAGCUGGAGGCUCUAAGCCAGCGUUUGCGGCUUUGCAUUCUGAAAAGAGUUAAGCAUAGGAGACAUUGCUCGUCAUGA